GGCGUUAUCUCUGACCCAGCGUUUUCAAACUCAAAAUGGCGCCUUUAACAGGGCAUUUUAUUGCGGGAUUUUAUAUAAUUAGUGUUGUAAUUAACACUGUUCAAGGAGCAUCACCAUUAUACAAUUUCGCAACAGUGAACGAAAUAAACCCAGGAGAGGGGGGUAAACACAUAGUCACAACUAUUACACCCAUCAUCUACCAGGGAAGAUCAUUCUCUUCAGUAGUUAUAACCAAGAAUGGCUUAGUAGCCUUUACCAAAGAUGUCCAAAAGGGGAACUAUUUGAAUCAGGACUGGAGUGAUUCAAAUGUCUCACCAUAUAUCGACAUUCCAUUCAUCGCACCAUACUACCAUAAUGGACAGAGCGUGCAGAUAUUUGCGGACUACACGGGGCAUAUUCGGUACCAGGAGUUCCAUUAUGGCACUCAAAAUCAGACGCUGCGAGCCCUGGGUCAUUAUUGUAAUAGCCAGGUGGUUGGAACCAGUGAGUUUGUCCCCACUUGGGGAAUGAUUGUGACCUGGGUUAACGUCACAAGCACAGACAUAAUCAAUGGCAAUAAACCAAAAUGCGAGGGAACGUUUUCACAACCUUGCCCGAUGAACACUUUCCAACUGGUCUUGCUUACAGAUGGUACCCAGUCUUACGCCAUUUUCAACUAUGAUAAAAUGGAGAUGAAGCCAUCAAGAUACUCACAGGCAGGGUUUAAUGGUGGAUCAGGCAUGGGCUGGAUGGAUGUUAUAUCUCGCAAUGUGGGCUUGACUCACUUGACCCAUUACCAGAGCAGUGACACAAUGGGAAGAUAUGUGUUCAGAAUCUCUGCCGGGAAUAUUAUGCGUGCUGGAUGCUCAACUGAGAACACAUAUAGUGGUUUGAGCAUCUACCCCCAGUUUGGCGGCAUGUUUGGGGGGAAGAUGAUUGAUGUUUCCGGCCCGUGUUUCCAGGCCAACCAGAGAUAUAGGUGCUACUUCGGAGAGAUCGGGGAUGACAUAUACAGUGAUGUGACGUACGUCAGCCAAACCAAGGUUCGAUGUCCCAUUCCUAAACUGUACCAAAGGGGCAGAAUCACACUCACACUUCAAUCAUCUUCUGGAUCUUACAGUACAACCAUCACUAUUGUUUUCCCUGGUCGUAUCCCCAGCAAUGAGCAUAUUGAGACGCCUGCCAGCAAGACAGACAUGGCGUGGUAUGACUCAAGCCCCUCCAGCCUCACUCUCACCUGGCACCCGGAGAUGCUCAGUAACAACUCAUACGAUAGGGUGGAUGUGAACCUGAUUGGUUAUAAGGAGGAGGGUGGCACGGGCAUGUACAGCUUUUUGACCACUCUUGGGACAGACAUUCAAGCCAGCCAGGGGACCUACACCAUUAACCCCCAAGAUCACCAGUGUGUGGGGAACUUAUGUCAGUAUGAGAUCGGGUUUUUAGAGGUCAAACUGAAGGGCAAUGCUGUCCCCGCGACAUACCAGUCCAUGCCAAGCAAGGUUAUGCCUCUAGGUUGGUAUGUACAGAACUCAAUGCAACAAAUCCAUGGGAACAGCUGGCCCACGGACAUGUGUGUUAACUGGUACAAUCAGGACAGACAGGACAUGAGCUGGCUGGACAACCUGCUCCACUGCCCGUGCUCGCUAUCCCAAGCCCUCUCAGACUUUGGGCGCUGGCAGCCUGAUGUCGGGUGUAACCUCAACUCCCACUCGCCCAACAACUGUUUCUACCACGGAACAGCUGUCCACUGUGUCCGCGCUGUACAGCCUGUGAAUGGUGCGGGUAAUCAGUGCUGCUACAGCAGUACUGGCCUGCUGAUUUAUGCCGCAGACACCUUCCAAGGGAGCACCCCUGACCGGGGCCAUGACUGGGGUGCAGCCCCCUACCGCACUCCAGGGCAUGUCCCCUCCAUGUCACAUUGGCUUGAAGACGUCGUCACAUUCUACUACUGCUGCCUGUGGACAGGCUAUAACUCGUGCGACUAUUACAUGGAUCAGAGGCCCACAAAGGAUUGUGCAGGAUACAACCCACCAAUACCUGUAAGUUCCUAUGGUCAGGGCCACAUUGGUACAUUCAGUGGUCUGAAGCACCGGAUGUUAGGGCCAGGAGACUAUAUUCUGAUGCAGGCUGGAAACACCAUCAUCCAGGGACGGUUUGAGAGGAACCCUUACCCUACUGAGAAUGAUCAGAAAAUAAACACGACAGUCACUUUAACUUCGGUGGCCGUCCAGGAUGUGGGCACAUCCGACCGUGUGGAGAUCCAACUGUGUGGCCCCGAGUACAACCGCUCCCAGAAGCGGCUGAAUGUGCGUGUGAACGGAGACAAUGUCUGGUUUGAUAGUGGCCCCAUGUUCUGGCAAGACUUCAAAGGUCUUGCUGUUGUGAACUCUGACCACACCCGUAAUCUCCAGUCCAACUACACUGUCUUGCUGACCAAUGGAAUUGGGUUCCAGGUGGCUGAGGCUUCCAACACACUCCAGCUUUUGAUCUCUGUACCUCAUACCUUUGCCAAUGUCUCUGGGCUGUUUGGUGGCCUAAAUACAAGCAUGUUCAUGCCAAACGGGUCAGUGACAGAUGUGAUGAUGAUGUCACCCCAGGAACUACACACAUUCCAAGUGGCUUGGUCAGUGAAUGAUGAGAGGUCAAGCCUGUUCGAGACUUUCCUGCAAGCCAACCACUCCCUCCUCGGGCCGGUUGUCCUCUCCCCCACACCUCUGCCAAAUAUCGGCUCAGGAUACUUCUGCCAACAGGAUAAGGAGUGUGCUUUUGACUACAAGAUGACUGGAUCAAGGGCCAUUGCUCAGAGUACUCGAGAUGCUGCAGCGAGAUUUGACGCUCUCUACCAGAACCUACAACCUGUGAGUUCAUGUGGUCUGUUGGAUGUGCCCCGGUCCAAGAAGAGCAACUACGGCUAUACGGUGGGAACCACAACAACCAUAACUGGCUGCAGGGUCGGGGAGCUACAGGGAACCAGCACAUACACGUGCACUGCGACCUCCAACACAACGCAGCAGUGGACACCCACUGUUGAAGCUGUCUGUUCUAUAUCAGUUGAAGACGCUGAUGUAGGAUUGAUAGUGGGUGUUGUUGUUGCUGUGGUGGUGGUAUUGGUCAUAGCCAUGGUUGUUGCUGUUGUUGCCAUAAAAAAGAGACGCAGUCAAAAGUGGAAGAGGUCGGCGGAGAAACACGAGCCAGAAGAAAGUGAAACGAUGAAAACAACCGUCUAGAAACAUACAGACAUAAGGAAUACUUCAGAAUAAAAUUGAAGUUUUGAAGGUUAAAAUGGACCUUAAAAUGUUUAUUGUUGUUUUUUUAAAAUGUUGUUUGAUGGAGUUUAGUGUGUUAAGGCAGCGUUUUGAAUUUAUUAAUCUUUAAUAAUGUUGUUAUCAAAUUAAUAACUCAUAACAGAUUUUUCGAACUUUUGCACUUUUCAUAAAAUCUUUGAGUUUUAUCCUUGGACUGAGUUAAUGCGUUUAAAAGUUGAUGUAAGAAAAUGCAUAAUUCAUAACAUGGCCACAGUGUUUUGCAACUUAUGAAAUCAUCAUUAUUGAAUUGUAUUAAAUACUUAUAAUAGUGUUUUAUGUUUAUAUAAAAAGGUUUAAUUGAGUUGGGUUUGUUGCCCAAAUUUUACAUGUUAGCCUGUAGGACUGUUUAAAAGAAUAUUGCAUGUAAAAGUUGAAAUCCAGUGCUAUACAUUGUAUCUGCUCAGGAAUAAAGGAGUUACUGGUAUAUCAAUCAGUAUUGUAAAAAAAUCAAAAUGUCUUAGUAAAAAAACUAGUGAACACAACUUUAAUGCCAUAAACUUUUUUUACUAUUAUAUACUGCUAUAAUAUAAUUUUGUCCACUCAUCUUAAGGAUCUGUUGCUGCCACCAUUUUUAAAUGCGUUUUGUAUAUACAGUACCAAUACCAGUAGAUUGUUAAGACUUUUAGGGAAACUAACAAAUCUGACAAAGUAUUUUGAAACACAUAUAUACUGGUAGUUGGAUUGGCCUGAUGAGAUAGCAUUUUGAACCAAAUUUUCUCACUGUAUGUAAAUGGUACAAUUUUAAUAUAUAUAUAUUUUUGUGUACUAAGUAUUUUUUUAUAUGUUGUAAAGUCCUUGUAUAAUGAUAUAUGCAACAACUCAAAUUCAUGUUAAUUAUCAAUACGUUGUAGCAAAUUUAGAACUCUAUUUUAAAAAUUUAUUUUAAAAGGAAUUUGCAUAGCUUUAUAAUGGUAUUUGGAGUUUUAUCAUUUGACAAAGUUAAAAAAAAUACCUAAAAUCACCUCUAUAUUUAGAAAAAUACUCAGACAAAUCGUAACCAGAGCUGACCAUGCUUCAUUGUAGAGCUUCAACAAACAAGAGUGAAAAAUACCACACUGAAAUGGACAAUACACCAGAGCAAGGCUAUGGUACACCAGCCAAUUAUUUCAUAUAAACUUGUAUGUCAUGUUACAAUUUGUUUUAAAAGUUACUCCAAAUCUCCUGCCAUUUCAUUCCCAGCCCAUGUUGGUCCAAGGAUUUUAGUUUCCUUCAUGUUUUGUGCCAUAUAAGAGGGGUGUUAAAAAAACAUGGAUAGGUCCUCUCCUUUCCUCAAAUAUAAACAAAGCGCACUGAAUCUUUUAUGAUAUGUAGAUCAGAAUAUAGGGUAUUUUCAAUGCAACAAAACUCAUAGUCAUCAGUUAAUGAGUAGAAGGCAAUCUCCAUGGCAACAUUACUCAAAGUAACCCGGCCUAACUUGUCAUUUUUUUGUCUGAUAGUGUUAUUAAAUUUGGGGUAUGUUGGCGUUGGGACAGGCAGGUGGCACCAAUAAUUCACUCUGCCAUGCAUAGAAGGAUUUUAAACAACUUAGCACAAAUGUUCUCCAUGACAAGACAGUGCGUCAAAAUGUCUCAUGUCAUUUACUUUUCACGUCAAGACUGUAACAUGGUCAUGCAUUAAGGGAAUUCAAAAUACCACCUUUUUCACCAUGAAAAUACUUUGUAUCACCAGCUAUACUCUGUAAAUUUGGUCAGAGUCACACUCUGGGGUCUUUGGUAAAAAAAAAUAGGAUUUCAGAUCUUUGGUAAAAAAAUAGACAAGUGCUUAAGUUUGCACUAAGGUGCUCAUGUUUUAACUCAGGAAAGCAUAUAAUUUUUCUGAGUUUCUCUUUUCAAUUCAUUACUUUUUUAAAUUGUGCAACACUCUGAUUGGAUUUUGUCAUAUUGUGGAGUUUCUAUUCGCAUGUGCUGGUGUGCUGGUCAUAACUUAGAUUAUCAUAAAAAGAAAUAAAAACAGGAUGUGGUGUAACAUACAAAAGGUUCAAAUAGAUAAUUCUCAAGGUGAAAUGUUACGAUCUUAUUGAAAUUAUGAUAGAACAAAAAGAAAAUUAUUUAGCUUUUUUUGCUAUUCAAAUUGACAAGGAAAUUGGAUUUGAUGUUCAUCAUCUUUAAAUAGAUUUAAGGACUGAGCAUAUUUAAUAAAGUUCCUAAUCUUUAUCAUUCAUUUUUUGUAGAAUGCAUUUCUUGUAAGCAAACGAUACGGAAUUGAUAUUUAUCUAUGACAUUUUUCAUAUAUUUUCAUACGCUUUUUUCAUAUACCAACUUUCAUUGCAAGUUUUGCUUUUUUAGAUUUAAGUGUUUAUUGAUAUUUUCAAAUGAUAAAACAUGUUGCAACACAUUAAAACAAUGAAAAAGAGGUUGGCCAAUGUUUUCAUAUAAUUUCAAUUUUAGAUAACGGCUUAAAUAGAUAAGAUUAAGCUCAGAGAGACUAAUAUUGUCAUUUAUAUAUUAUGAUUGCAGAAGAAUGUUAUCAAAUCUAUUUGAAAUUCCUUUUUAUUGUAUUUCAGCCACCGUAUUUCAUAUUGUUUUUAUUGACAGUGUGUCUCCAUUGACAAUGAGUUACAUUUUUCACAUAUUCAUUAUGUAUAUUGGUGCCAUCUUACCUGAACUUUUGUAUCAUACAUUCGUUUCUGAGUAAAUUAAUGAGUAGAUAAAUUAUCUUUUUCUAAAGCUUAUAAUUUAGUGGCCAGUUUUUAACGCCAAGUUUAUUUGAUUUUGCAAGUUAAAAUUAAAAUUUUAUUGGUCACGCUCAAAGAGUAUUUUUUAAGCUUCAAUUCUUGUUCUUACAAUAUUUUGUCCUUUUGUUAAGAUGGCGCCACCCCAAUCAGUGUGCAUGUUAAUAUGGCCUGGCCCCAUGAGUGUGCAUGUUAACAUGGCCCGGCCCCACUCAGUGUGCAUGUUAACAUGGCCCGGCCCCAUGCAGUGUGCAUGUUAACAUGGCCCAGCCCCACGCAGUGUGCAUGUUAACAUGGCGCGGCCCCAUGCAGUGUGCAUGUUAACAUGGCCCGGCCCCACUCAGUGUGCAUGUUAACAUGGCAAUGUGCAUGUUAACAUGGACCGGCCCCACUCAGUGUGCAUGUUAACAUGGCGCGGCCCCACGCAUUGUGCAUGUUAACAUGGCGCGGCCCCACUCAGUGUGCAUGUUAAUAUGGCCCGGCCCCAUGCAGUGCGCAUGUUAACAUGGCGCGGCCCCAUGCAGUGUGCAUGUUAACAUGGCGCGGCCCCACUCAGUGUGCAUGUUAAGAUGGCCGCAGCCCCACUCAGUGUGCAUGUUAAUAUGGCGCGGCCCCACUCAGUGUGCAUGUUAAGAUGGCGCAGCCCCACCCAGUGUGCAUGUUAAUAAGGCACGGCCCCACGCAGUGUGCAUGUUAAGAUGCCGCCUUCCCACUGUGUACAUUUUAAGAUGGCACAGCCUCACUGUGUGCAUGUUCUAUUGCUGCCAGUUCUCCUCACAUACAUACUUUGUUGUUCCAGAGCCCUAUAUCAUUCAGUAUUAUAUAAACAUGUUUUUGUGGUUUCAUUUUCUUUUUUGUUUGAGACUGAAUGUCAUCAUAGGUGUUCAUUUGAACAUGACAUUAUAAAGUGAAUUUUCUCAAUAAUUUCCAUGUGUAAGGUAACUACAUAUUAAAUUUGUGCCAUUUCUUAUUACAUGUAUGUAUCAUGCAUAACACUUUUGCUUUGUCAGUCUAUCUUUGUGUAAUCAUUUUCUAGUAUGAAUAAAA